CACUUCUCAAAUUUACAGAGAUAGAAUCAUUCCGGCGAUCUUAAUUCCCGGCGAUCUUAAUUUUCCGGCCGUCAUGGAAGUCGGACACGGCAUGUUGAGGAAGAGAAAUAUUGUAGAUGUAGAUGAUACAGAAUUCAGAUCUUCAAGACGAAGAAGGAAGUUGGAUGAUCCAAAUUUCAAUAACCGUUCUCUCUUGCCGUCAAUCACUUCAGUUGAACAAACAUCUACUGCGACAAGUUCCUCAAUUGAGUUCAAACAUGGAGAAGUGAGAUCGAAUGAACUAAAGAACGUUUCAAACCGUGCUGAAUCUGAAAAUUCUUCAACAGAGAUCUCAAAACCGCUCAUCAGUGAAAAAUCGACUUCAUCUAGUAACGAUAACAAGAGAAUGAAACAACAAAUGCCUUCAAUGGAGGAAAUCGAGAGUUUCUUCUCUGCACACGAGAAGCAUGAACAAAAGAGAUUCUCGAAAAAGUACAAUUUCGAUGUGGUGAAAGAUGUUCCAAUGGAAGAAGGUCGUUACGAAUGGGUUAAGAUAAAUCCUUCUAUAACAGACUACAAUAGUUGCAGUACAAAGAAGCAGAGAAGGAAGCUUCUUCAAAACAAGAAUCAUGAAUAUUAUUACUGAAUGGGAACAAAUGAAUGCGCAUUCCUAUCCAAGUAAUGCCAAAUAGUCUCUUCUUUAUUACUCCAUCUUUUUCUUUCUUCUUCUUCAAUGUGGUCCCACUAUCAGCCAAAAAUCAGUAGACUCUAGCUUAAUUGUUGCAUUUGCAGGCAAUUUUUGGGAUCUUAAAAAAUUAAAGAAAGCAAAACGGUUUCUUUAAAGUUUGGAUCUUUAUUUGUUGCCUUUAUCAGAUUUGUCGCCAUUUUCUUCUGUAUAUUCUAGUUUGAACAGCACUUUCUCUUUUCCUGCAAAAUUUUCAUAUUCUUGUGAGGAUUUAUCUCGGGAUCCCUUUUUUAUUACUAGUUUAAUAAAGAAUUUUGUAUUAUUGUCGUACAA